AUGGAGGCCGAUCCCCAUCCGGCGGUGGUGCUGCACGCUUGCUUGGGCGUGGGCCACCUCACCCCCAUGGUGGAGCUCGCCAAGCUCUUCCUCCGCCGCGGCAUCCCCGUCAUCAUCGCUGUCCCGACCCCUCCGGCCUCCACCGCCGAUAUCUUCGCCUCCUCCGCCCCCGCCGUCGCAAGCCUGGCCGCCGCCAACCCCACCAUCUCCUUCCACCACCUCCCGGCCCCGGACUACCCCAACCCGGACCCGGACCCCUACCUGCAGAUGGUCGACACGAUCCGCCUCACCGUGCCGUCCCUCCUCGCCUUCCUCCGCACCCUCCCCUCCGUCGCCGCCCUCGUCCUCGACACCUUCUGCGUCGACGCCCUCGACGCCGCCGACGCACUCGGCGUCCCGGCGUACAUCUACUUCACCUCCUCCGCCGCCUACCUCGCGGCGUUCCUCCACCUCCCCCACUACCUCGCCACGACGGACGGCGGCGACUUCAAGGACAUGGGCAAGAGUCUCCUCCGCUUCCCCGGCGUCCCGCCGAUCCCUGCCUCGGACAUGCCCCAGAUCGUGCAGGACCGCGCGAGCCGGACUUGCGCCGUGCGGAUGGGGCAAUACGGGCGCAAACCGGAGGCCCGGGGCUUGCUGAUCAACACCUACGAGCGGCUGGAGGCGAGGGCCGUGACGGCGCUCAGGGACGGGGUGUGUCUCCCUGGCCGCCCGACCCCGCCGGUGUACUGCAUCGGCCCACUGAUCGUGAAAGGCGAGUCGGCUCCACAAGCGCAGGGCGCGUGCUUGUCGUGGCUGGACGCGCAGCCGGAGCGGAGCGUGGUGUUCCUCUGCUUCGGCAGCUUGGGCGCGAUGUCGGCGGCGCAGCUCAAGGAGAUAGCGUGCGGGCUCGAGAACUCCGGCCACCGCUUCCUGUGGGUCGUGCGGAGCCCGCCCGAGGACCCGGCCAAAUACUUCCUGCCGCGCCCGGAGCCAGACCUGGACGCGCUCCUCCCCGAUGGGUUCUUGGAUAGGACGGCCGCGAGGGGGAUGGUCGUGAAGAUGUGGGCGCCGCAGGUGGAGGUGCUGCGGCACGCCGCGACCGGCGCGUUCGUGACGCACUGCGGGUGGAACUCCGUCCUGGAGGCGGCGUCGGCCGGGGUGCCGAUGCUGUGCUGGCCGCAGUACGCGGAGCAGAGGGCGAACAAGGUGUUCGUGGUGGACGAGAUGAAGCUCGGGGUGGUGAUGGAAGGGUACGACGAGGAGCUUGUCAAGGCCGAGGAGGUGGAGAAGAAGGUGAGGCUGGUGAUGGAGUCGGGCGAAGGGGAAAAGCUCCGGGGGAGGCUGGCAUUGGCCAAGGAGAAGGCGGCGGAGGCGCUGGCGGACGGCGGGCCGUCGCGGAUGGCGUUCGCCGAAUUCUUGAAGGAUUUGAAGCUCCAGAAGUGA